GACCCGACCCACCCGACCCGAACCAACAUAACAAACACAAAACUCGGCCCCAAAUUAACACACACACCGCGCAUCACACACACAUCGGCCGCUCCACUGCCGCCGCCGCUCCGACGAGACUGCCGGCUCCGGCCUGCCGAGCUUCCACCGGGGUAAGGGCCUUUUUCUCAUUUGGAUACUGUCGAAAACAAAAAGAAAAAGCAAAAGCAGGCUUGGGCACACUGUUCAACUCUCUCCCAUUUUCCUCCUCCUCAUUCCCCCAGCCUCGAGGUAUGCACAUAACUUGUUGGACAAAUUGUCUGAGAGAAAAAAAGUAAGUUCGCUGGUGAAUUUGAGUAACCGGAUGACAUUAGGAGAUUCGUGCAGGGGCAGCAUAGGCUUUUUGUGGCUAUAUUAAAUAUUAAUCACCAACCAGACUGUUUACAAGCCAUAGCAAUUCUAACGCUGAAUUGCUAUCAGAGACGGAUCUAGGAUUCGGAUGUUUCAAGUGCCACACCGCUUUGAAAAAUGAGGUUUAUGAAGCAAUCCAACUUGUUUCAUGAAUUACUGAAGUCAAAUACACUUGCAAGUAGCCGUUUUCUUGGGUUGGAUGUGGGCGAUAAGUACGUUGGUCUAGCUGUUUCGGACACAACAAAUAAAGUUGCAUCACCUCUCGCCGUUCUCCUCCGCAAGAGAACAAAUAUUGACUUGAUGGCCAAAGAUUUGCAAAGUCUGGUUUCUGAACUUUCCUUGGGGGGCUUCGUUUUCGGCUAUCCAUUUGAUAGACAAAAAACUAGUCGAAAUGCUUUGCAAAUUAAGGUCUUCAUUGACGACCUUUGUAAGACAGGGGAGCUUAAAGGUGUAAACUACACCUUAAUGGGUGAAGGUUUCACAUCUAAGAAUGUUGAGUCGUUUCUACAAGAUUUAAAGUUUCACCCAACACAGUCGAAGACCUUGUUAGACAAAUUUGCAGCAGUUGGAAUACUUCAGCUGUACCUCGAUUAUGUUAACAGGAAACAAGCGAAGAAGGCUCUUAUUAGCUUGGUGCCUAAUACAAACCUGCAACUGAUUUAAGUUAAUUUCUUCAAAGGAUGGAUGUGUAUCUCUAUCUGCAACUGUAUGUACAUGUACCAAACAUUGAAACAAUGAGUUGUACAUGUCGCUGUAGUUUAUAUAGGUUACUGUAUUUUGUUGAAACUUUUUGUAACCUACCCUCUAUUUUACUUUAUGUAUGAAUUUUAACACUUAUUUCAUGAGCAAUGCUUUGACCGCAUUUUCAUCUA